GAUGCAGAGGAAAAUACACAGAGAAAGAAGUGAUGAAGCAGCGAGAGACUGGGACAGCUGCAGCAGCGACGUCACGGACAGCAUGGAAAGGUUCUCCCCAACAGGAGGCUAGUGCAGAUAAGGAAAAUCUAUUAGACAUUAAAUAGCCUUUUCAACAUGAGGGUAAAUUGUGCAACACAAGAAUAUUUCAUCUGUCAACCAGCAGACUGUUGAGAGAGAUGUAAUUGUGUGACAUAGAGUUUGAUGUUGCAGAGAGUGGCUAUUGUAAAGAAAAUCACUGAUUCGCUGCAUAGAUGGAUGCAGCGUUUUGGAGUGCUAUCAAGUUGACAGAUGUUCCACACUGUAGGAAACCCAGGGAUGGGUUGGAGGUAUUUAUAAGUCUCCUCAGUGCACAACACGGCUCAUCUAUUUCAACAUGUGUGUACUCGGUGGAGGUUUGUGUCUCAGCAACAGAGUUUCAGAACUUUAAUAUGGGUUCUUGGUGGAGUUAUUAAAGCAGAGUUGUUUGCCUCGGGGUAACAGCGUUAUUGCCCGUUGGGGAUUCCAGCCGAGAAUGUAACAAUUCUAAUUGACGCUUUUGACUGACACACUUUUAAAUGGGAUCGACAGGGAGAGAGAUGUAUAGCCUUGGAGGUGCUGGUAACAGUAGAGAAAUUAUCGCAACUUUGUCCAACUGCACAGUUACCUCUCAAGAGCGCUGCAGAGCAGCAUGAUCAGGCCAAAUCAGGGUUUACCCACAGGGCAGAGAGAGGAGAUGCAGAAUUGGCUGAAAGGUUGUGUGAAACCUUUGUUAUUCAAGACAUGAGUUUAAUAGACAAGCAUUUAACAGGCAAAUUACUCAAUCAAUUUGCAUAAUGGGAAGAUCCAGGAUUUUGGGAUCUUGACCAGGCGGCAACCUCAUGUUCUGUCACGAUCAGGCUUUGCCUCCUGUGUUUCUGUGUGUGGCUCCGCCCUGGUGUCCUCCCAGCUCCCUCCUGAUUGCACUCAAUCAACUCACCUGCCCAGUCCACCCAGCUGCCUUCAAUCUACUCAUCACCCAGCAGUAUAUCUACCCCGGUUCCUCAUCCACUCACUGCCACAUCAUUGUCGUUUCAACCUGCUUGGUAUCCUGUUUGUUCUCGGCUGCUCAGUGUGUUGCAUUCUGAGUUCUGUUUCCGUUUUUGCUCACCUUGUCUUCCUCUGCCUGCAAUUUGGUUCAUCCUCCCGGUUCCCGAGUCUGCCUGCCCUGCCUGGUUUUCACCCUCGUCUUCUCGUCCUUGUAUCUCCCUGUUGUUCCCUGUCAAGUUUCCCUUUGUGUCCACCUUGCAUUAAACCCUGUUGUUUCACUCGGCAAUCCCUGGUCAUGUCUGCAUUUGAGUCCACCACCACACCCCGUGACAGGUUCUGUUUAGUGAAGCCACUUCCGAAGUGUCUUCAAACUUGCACUCUCUCUACUCACCAGCAGGGGGCGACUCCUCUGGUUGCAAAAAGAAGACUGGUUGUAUAGAAGUCUAUGAGAAUAUGACUCUACUUCUCACUUGAAUUAUUCCCUCAGUAAACAUGAGUUUUAUUGUUUCAAUCGCUAGUUUGACUUAGUAAGUCUUCUUCAAUCCAGCAUGAUGUUCAUUUAGCAAAUUAUGGCCCAAUUAGACCAUAAAGCGAAAUACGCUUUAGGGCGGGGCUUACUACCAGAGCCGUAUACGCCAUCUCGACAUCUUUCCUCCGCAUUCCAUAUAUGGUAACCUCCAUUCAUUGGUUGCGAAAAAAACAUGGCGACGGCGAAAUCGCUGAACUCAAGGCUUCAAAACCGCAGUCCACAAACCAAGGGGUGAUGUCACGAUGACUACGUCCACAAACAGUCUAUGAUCUUGACCCAUUAGGGGCACUAAAAGUCAGGAUAUCUCAGCCUUCUUUUUUGUCAGUCCUUCAAUUUUGUGGAAGUGCAAAUCACUGGAAUAUCCCUUUAAGGAAUAUUUGUCUUCUAUAAUUAUUGGAGCUUGAAAAGACAAGUCAUGAUAUAGUGUCAGAUGUUGUGCAUUGUUUGAUCCCUGGAGGUCCCUCGUUUACGAACAUUACACUGCAUUGAAGUCUAUAGCAUUCAACAGUACAAGCACUUGAAAAUACAUAUACCUCAACUCAGAUACAGAUACAUUACAUUUCAUCAAUCAACAUACAGCUUCUCAAUAUAUAUACAGUAUAUAUAAAUAUCCCCCUUGCUGUUUCUGCCCAACUGAUUUUCGCUGUUAUCAAAUGCAAUCAACAAGGAUAUAAAUAUAACUGAGCUGGCCUCGAGGUGCGUGGAUGUCCAAUGAACCAUGACAUCCUGCAUUGUCACAUUACUGCUCAGUGAGGGAGGAAAGUAAGACGCUGCGCUGCCUGAACACUGGUUUGUGUGUUAUUUCAGUGUGCCACCUAGCAUCUGCUCUGAGAUGUCCGUGUCGCUCUCCCUGGGUUCGUCUUUGAGACUGUAGUGAACUAAAGCCUGUAAUUUCUCCCUGUAAUGAACAUGAAUUGCUUGUUAUGCCUUUUGUACAGAGGGUCUUAGAUUGGCAGUUAGCACUUAACACAUGAUUGUAAAUGUUACUGCAUGUGUAGAGACGGCAUGCACCGAAAUGGCAGGCAACAAAAAGAGGAUGUCGCGAGUAAAAAUAAUGCCUCUCACGUCGUCACCAGCGAAGUGAAGCGUAGCUGUGACAUUCAUGUGUAGGUUACUGCAAUCAACCCACCAUACGCCACUUUAACAUUUGGCCUGAAGUAAAGGAACUCGCGCACAAACUCACAUCAACUCUGCUCCUGUGAUUUCCAUUCAGAAUAUACCUCUUCCUCUCUCUCUCUCUCUCUCUCUCUCUCUCUCUCUCUCUCACUCUCUCUCUCUGUGAGUGUGUGGCGCCAUAGUGAAAAAACACACCGCAGUUCUUUCUUUCAGUCAGUCAGUCAGUAGCCCUCUACACAGCGUCUCUCCCUCAUUCAGCGCAUGGCUCGCUCUCUCUCCACACUCAGCACGGGCUGCAACUCGCCUCCUCACUGCAUCUGUUCUCUUCUCCCUGAAGUGAGGUACCAUGCAUCCUGCUUUCUCCUCCUCCUCCUCCUCCUCCUCCUCCUCUCCGCUUGUCUGUUACCAUUCCAGGGUCCCUUUAUCAAACAGAGCGUUCUUGCUGCAAAGCCGGGGACCAUAAAGGCCUGUGUUACUCGCUCAGAGACUUUGGAGACGGGACUUGGCUGUUUGCCGGAUCUGAGGACAGCUACUGGUGGCGCUUUCUGUUGGGAUGCGGAUCUCUGCGGGGUCUCUCUGCUCGGUGUCUAACGACGCUUGAUUCCUCUCAAAGUUGCGGGAGGGCACGCGUCAAUCAAGCAUCUCUUCUCUGUUUCUCAGAGACAACUCACUGUGCGUGGAGUCGGACCGGCACAGGAUCCAGGAUACACACUGACCAGGACUGCACUGCCGCUAUGUCCAAUUUUGACCUAACAUCCGCUUGAGAUUCUUCUCCUAAAGGAAACUGAACAAUCUCAUGCACCCAUCACUCCUGCCUGUGAUUUCCAUAUGAGAUUCAGCAGCACCAGGCAGAACUGGCCUGGACCACUGACUUUCAACUUCACAUAAGAACAACAAGGACAAAAUCUAAGUUCCACGGACAGACAAAAGACUGUUUGGUACUUUAGGGACACAUACAAAGCCUUGUUUGUCUUGGAGCAGCUCUAGGGGCCUUUUCCAACAGCCAUGCAGGUGUCCUUUGCAUGUACGGACCACGGGCUGAAGGCCCCGCGCAACGGCGAGCACAGCAAGCAGAACGCCACCAGCCCCAACGCGGCCAGCCAGGCCCGCGCCCGCUUCCGCACCGUGGCCCUGAUAGCUCGCACCCUGAGCUCCUUCACCCACCGGUACCACCACAACCUCAAGGAGUCCACGGCCAAGCUCACCGGCAUGAAGUAUCGGAACCUGGGGAAAUCUGGGUUGCGUGUCUCCUGUCUGGGGCUCGGCACAUGGGUAACAUUUGGAGGUCAAAUCUCCGAUGAGGUGGCAGAGCAGCUGAUGACUAUUGCCUAUGAGAGCGGUGUCAACCUGUUCGACACGGCUGAAGUCUACUCUGGCGGAAAAGCAGAGAUAAUCCUGGGAAACAUCAUCAGGAAAAAGUGCUGGAGGAGAUCCAGCUUGGUCAUCACCACAAAGCUUUACUGGGGAGGAAAAGCAGAGACAGAGAGAGGACUCAACAGAAAACACAUCAUCGAAGGUUUAAAGGGUUCCCUCCAGAGGAUGCAACUCGAGUAUGUGGAUGUGGUUUUUGCCAACCGGCCAGACAGCAACACUCCCAUGGAGGAGAUAGUGAGAUCGAUGACGCAUGUGAUCAAUCAGGGGAUGUCCAUGUACUGGGGGACAUCCCGGUGGUCUGCAAUGGAGAUCAUGGAAGCAUAUUCUGUGGCCAGGCAGUUUAAUCUAAUUCCACCAGUGUGUGAGCAGGCAGAGUAUCACUUCUUCCAGAGGGAGAAAGUGGAAACUCAGCUGCCAGAGCUCUACCAUAAGAUAGGUGUGGGUGUGGUAUCUUGGUCACCUUUGGCCUGUGGAAUCAUCACUGGGAAGUACGAGAAUGGCGUCCCAGAAUCCUCCAGGGCCUCAAUGAAGCCAUACCAGUGGUUGAGGGAGAAAAUAAUGAGUGAGGAUGGGAGGAAACAACAAGCCAAGCUAAAGGAACUGACUCAUAUCGCGGAGAAGCUCGGAUGUACUUUGCCGCAGCUAGCCAUAGCUUGGUGCCUGAGGAACGAGGGAGUGAGCUCAGUGCUGCUGGGAUCCUCCAAUCCAAGGCAGCUGACAGAGAACCUGGGAGCCAUCCAGGUAAUUCCAAAGAUGACGGCAGGCAUUGCCUCAGAAGUGGACCAUAUACUGGAAAAUCGUCCGCACACGAAAAAGGACUACCACCAUUAGGAUGGGCCCUGUUUUAGUGAACUAUGCUCCAAAAGCUUGUCAAAGCUCCCUUCUCACAGCCAUGGCACCAUAAGUGUGUGCCCAACUUUGCUCGUGUACGCGUAUGACUGUAUGUGUAAAGUGCUCUGCUUGGCUCCUUGUCUGUAUGAAGAUCGACCAGUACUCAUUAUUGUAAAGUGAGCUACUUGACAAAACAUGCAUGCUACAGCUAUAGCAGCCGGGCCAUUGGACUGAACAACAGUUAGAAGAUCCAGGGAGAUUAUUUCAGCAGCAAAACUCUCUUCAAGCUCAAACGAGCUGCUGAACCACAAAUUAAAAGAAUCAUAAGUUUAGAUUAAUGGUGAAAUAGAUUACUGUACAAUCAGGCUCAAGCUCAUUCAUGUGCCAGUUAUCAAGAAAAGAAAAUGUAAAAGGCACAUAUUGUCCACAGAGUAUCACAUAAGCUCAUGGUAGUGCAGUAAAUACAUGAAAAAAAGAGAUGGUGUAUCAAAAUGUACCCAAUGUUACAGAAAUCACGAUGUUUGUGAUGUGAAGAAAAAAAUCAACAAUGGCGUGUGUAAUUGGAUCUCAGCAGACUGGAUGACAUGCUUACAUUUCCCAUGGCAGCUGGAGCUGGCCUGUCAACGUGAUGAAUUAUUUCAGUACCGGAUUAACUGAAAUUCUGCUCACAAUGUCGCUAAUACCAAGAGAGCUAUAAGUCAAACUAAAAUAUGUUUCAAUGCAUCUGUUCUGACUGUUAUGUAUAUUUUCCUUAUCAAGCAGCUAUGUCAGAGUGAGCUUUUCAUCUCAUGUUGUAAUAUUUUUCUUUUUCACUUAUGCAAAAGUACAGCAUAGUGUACUUCCCUAUUGUUCCUCUUAAACCGGUUUUUAAUUUGGACUGUGCCAGAAUUUCUGUCAGUAAGGAUAAUGUCUGAUUCAUUUAAUUCCAGUCUGUGUUGUGGCAAAAACUUUUGUCUAGUUUGAAGUUGGCGAGGACCUCCUGAGGGAGAGCUUGUGAAUUUAAGAAGCAAAGCCAUGUAGCUAAUUAAGAAAAAGAAAACCAUAUGGACCCCUGCAGUCAUUGCACCUGGAACUCUUACCCAACUUCUCUCAGAUGCCAGUUUAAGCCUACAUGAUAGGAUCAUCUUUGUUAUGUCUGUUCAAACAUGUACUUUGGUGUCCAUCAGAUUUGUACAUACAAAUAAAGAGCUUAUAAUUA